AUGUCCCUCGAACACGGUAAUUUAGAUAGAGUAUAUGUUGCUUCUUUAUUGUUAGGACAUGUAAAAUGCAACCCGUCGUACGGAAUCAAGCAUGUCAUCCAGACUGUGAAAGACCAUACCGAAUACGAUAUACCAUAUCAAAAGGCAUGGUACAGUUUGAAAAUGGCACGUGAGAUGGUUUAUGGCACAUGGGAGAGCUCCGUUCAAAAGCUACCCAAAUACUUGGGAGCUCUCCAAAAAUAUAAUCCAGGAACGAUUGUUGAAUGGCAACAUAAAGCCCGCGACACAUCAACCAGUGCAUAUGUGAUAGGGUACGUAUUCUGGGUGUUCAAGCUGUGCAUUGAAGGGUUCCAACACUGUCGCAACCUUAUCAGUGUAGAUGGGACCCAUCUAUACACAAAGUACAAGCACAAGAUGUUGAUUGCUGCUACCAUGGAUGGAAAUCAACAGGUACUUCCUCUUGCUUUUGCUGUUGUCGAUGAAGAAUCACUUUUAUCUUGGAAGUGGUUUCUUAGACAAUUGAGCAGACACAUUAUACGAGGGCGACGGGGUAUCUGCCUUAUUUCUGACCGCCAUGCUGGUAUCACAAGAGCUGUACGUGAAUGUCCGGAUUUCGUGCCACCUAACGGCGUGCACCGAUAUUGCUAG